AUUUAUUUAAUGAGUUCACCAAAAAAGUAAUCAAGUUAAAGAGAUGAUCCCAUUUCAUGUAUAAUUGAGCCUUCAAAAAUACUGGGAGGUCUUUAUUUAGGCAACAUGGAAGCUGCAAGUAUUUGAUAAAUAAAUUUAGGCGAUCCAUAUACUCUAUCUUAAUAUUAAAUCAAGGCUAUUUUAACAGUUUGUCCUUAAAGCAUCCCUUCAUCAACAAAAAUAAAGUUAAGCUUCUAUCAUCAAUGUAUGGCUGAUGAUGAAGACCAUUAUCAAAUAAGCAAACACUUUGAUGAAUCAUAUAGAUUUAUUGAAUCAUCACGAAGAUCUACAAAUGUUUUAGUUCAUUGUUAGAUGGGAAUCUCAAGAAGUGCAGUCAUUGUUUUAGCUUAUCUAAUAAAAAAAGACUUGAUUGGAGCUAGAGAAGCACUUGAAUAUGUUGAAAAGAGAAGACCUAUAAUUUUCCCAAAUAAUGGUUUUUUGAGACAAUUAGGAGCAUUUGAACGAUAGGUGUUCAAUGAUUUAAUAAAUGAAUCAAAUUGCAAUAGAAGAAUUGCUAGUCCUAAACAAAUUGAGAGAGAUUAUAAAUAAAGACAAUAUGAUGAUGAAAUUGAAAUAAAGAUGUUACGAUUAAGAGAAUCAAAUAAACAACAAUAAAUCAAUUAUAAUUUCUAAUACGAUAUACCUAAAUAGAAUUUGUAUAGAAAGCAAGAGAAUACUUUAUUUUCCAAUUUAUACUAUAAACACUAUUGA